GCGUGCAUGCGUGCGUCGCCGUCUCCUCGCGAAUCACCAACAGCGACGUUGAUGUUGACGGCGACGACGACGUCGUGGAACGACGACGCAAAAAUCCGGCCGAUCGGCAACCUCCGUUGCGGCGGCGGACCGUUAUAGGGAGGCACGCUCCUUUUCGGAAAGAAUCGCCGUCGCCGACGUUUUCCGUAGUAGUGAAAACCUCGGCGAUCCACACGCCGCCGAGUUCUUUUCCCAUCUCCUUUCCACCUUGUUCUCUCCCCUUUCUCACGCGUCAACGCCGUUGAUACCUCGAAUUGCCACGUAACUCCCUCAGCGAACGUCGGAGAGAUCGGUGAUGGAUAGCUUCUUCUGCGACGUGAUAUAAUAAAAAAAAAAACAAAAAAAAAAUUUGCAACGUCGGCGCUCGUCGCAAAGUGGGUAAACCGCGAGGGACGCGUCGCGGAGAGUGCGCUGGUCUUUCGUGGCGGUCGUGCGCUCGGAAGUGCGCGAGCUGACGAGCACGAGCCGAUGCGGCGGCGUGACGGAUAAUAGCUGUUUGAUAAAUCUCUGCAAACGUCUAAACAUAUAUCGCCAGAGGAAAAGUUCGAUAAGCUUCUGGACGUAGAGCGAUAUUACUACGAUUGUCGGGAUACAAAUGAGAAAGAUAAAAGUAGUGGGGACCUACAAUAUGGUGACUACACAUAUUUGACGUUGCGCCACAAUGGGCGCUAUCGAAUAAUUUUAUGCAGUGGAUCGAUCUGCAAGCAUUGGUAGCACACAAUACCGUACAGGAUACAGACGAGUUGUAUCACAAAACGAAAGAUAACACGGAAUCGAUUAAUCUAAACUCGAUAUACUCUGCAAAGUUGUCGUCAACAGCAGCACGUCACGAUGUUAGGAUAGUGAAUUCUGAUGUACUGACUGGUACAGUUAAUGAAUCGCUGUCCACAAAAACGGGAAACCUGCGGAAGGAACGAAGGGACAGGCUCGGUAGCUGCCGGAAGGAUUUCAGUGAAGGGACAGGCUCUGACUCGCUAGAUAUCAGUAAAACAACGGAAUCUACGUGUUCGUUUGCGAAAGAUCAAACCGAAAUUUUGUCUGAAUCGCAGACAAGAGAAAUUUGUUACGACGCGGAUAUUCGCCUGUUUAGUUGCGCGUCAAGGGAUCCGAUCGGCACGCAAAAUAUCAUCGGACUGAAAGUCACGUCGGACGUUGUUGGGCACGGUAGAGGAGCUUGCGGCCCCGAUUGCGCCACUUCUGCAGCAGAUAACGAGCCACUUAACUUAGUGAUAAAUUCGAAAGAAAGUGCACAACAACUUAGCCAUACUUACAGCGAGGCGAGAGAUCGACUUUGCAGUUGUCCGCGUUCGUCGGAUGCCGAUAGAGAAGCGACACUUCCGGUAGAUGGUGCCAUCUUAAGACAAUUAGAUCAUUCCCCUAAUGUACAGAGUUUUUGUAACAUAAAGUACAAGACAGUAGAUUAUGGUUUAUUGAAGCUUUCCGACUUGAACGAGCUGUCAUGUAAUUCGGACAAGGGCAAGGAAUUAUUGAGGACUAUCGGUAAACUGCACGCCGGUGGCGGUGAGGUGAAUGGAAAGAUUAUAACGAACGGCGAUUUGAAGCAGGAGAGUGCGCACCUGGACAAAUACGUCACGCACAUAUUGCCGUCACGUUUGAGCGACGAUUGUAAGCCGAGAGCCUUGUCUUGGACGCAUCCGCGGUCGAAUGUCAAAUGUAAUAAUAUCAAGAAAGAAUGCUGCAGUGAGGAAGAGGCGCACAAGUCAGAAAGUACCGAUCCAGUGGCCGCCUGCAACCCGAGAUUAGGCAAUUGGGCGUGUUCCGAGAUGUCAGGGCAGUAUCCAGGCCGGCCACCGGUUGGCACACCACCACAGGCGGGAAUCUGGAAUCUCACUAUGCCGCCGGGUCAAGCCCUCAACAUCCACCCGACAGCGUUGUCAGGUGCCACGUUGAGUCCAGCCGGGUUCUACCCGCAUCCAUCCAUGGCGCGAGCGUCCCAUCUGCCGUCUCAGCUCACUCCGCAACUCGCUCACACGCAGGCACCGCCGACCUGGCAUACACCCACGGUUCCCUCGAAGAGCGUCACACCGGCGAACGCGCCGGGCAAUCCUCUGUUCAGCUUGCAAAUGCUGGUGGAAAGUCGGCAAAAUCAGAAUCAGUACAGAAACUCGCCUGGCCCGCAGAACACCUUGGAUCUCUCGUCCACGUCGGAGAUCACAUCCGAGAAUUAUUCUCGGAUAACUCAGGAUGUUCCCAUGAGCUUGACGGCGAGAAACGUGGAUAAGGGCAGUCGAAACGGAAACAUAAUCUCACCGCCGCUCAACGGGGAGACUUCGUCGGACAGCGGGAUCAGCUCGUCCGUACCGACGCCAAACUCCGUCAGCGAACCGGUCUCGCUAUCGAUGAAGGAGAUCAUCACUCCCAAGAUAACGGUGAAGAACUUCGAGAGCAAUCUGAAGGGAGUCGCGAAUCUUCACGAUAAGAUUAAGGAAAUGAAUGUAGAUAAUUUUACGCAGAAAGUGAUAAAUUUGCCGCCUAGUGUAACGAUAGAGAGGGUGGUCGCGGACAAGAAGGAGUCCGAGGCGUUGGCGAAGGCUAAGGAUACGUUGAGUGUUAUCGCGCAAGUGCCAAGGAAUGUCUUACCCGUUAUAGUCAAUCUCACGUCCAAGAUGGAGAAAGACGUCACGGACAGCCCCAAGCGGGAAUCCUCCUCCGAGAGGGACAGGAAGCACGAGGAGACGAGCGUGAGGUCGCCGAAGAGCUUGCCGAAGCGAGGCAAGAAGGGCGUCGAUUCGCUGUUGGAGAAAUUGGAAGGUGGUAACAAGAAGCUCGGAAGCGCCGAGAAUAUCGGCUCGGUGAUCGUGAUGCCGGUGGAGGAGAGGGACACGUCCAGCGUUAAAAGUAUGUCGCCGGAGAGGCAGAAAUCCAAGUCGCCGACCCGGGAGGACGAGGUCGUGUCGCCGGCUUUCAGCAACGACGACUCCAAUGACAACACCAAGCAACGUAGGAAACGAAAGCUGGAGAAGCCCGUGAGGCUGAGCAAGGACUCGAAGACAGAGGUCGAGGACAUGGAACUCGAGCCCACGGAGCCCACGGAACCGAGGAUCAUCGACCCGCUCUUCGAAGAGACGACUAGUUCCACGCUGGCAUCUGCGGAUGCUAAGCAGCCGGACGAGCAGAUCGCCAGAAUGGCGGAGGAGAGAAUAUCGGACAAGACAGCAAUGGACGAGAUCACGGAGGAGAGGUCCGAGGAAAGUUGCGCGAUUCGGAGGCGGAGUAGUGAUGAGGAUAAUAAUACGGCUGGUAAUUCGACACCGACAAAUCAGAGGACACGAAGAAAAUCCAACGAGGACGUGUCGUCCGAGUUCCCGAAAGCGAUGAGUCCAAAGAAUACAAGUAACACGUCGACGACGACAACGACGACGACGACGACGACGACGACGACGACGACGAUGAUGAUGACGACGACGACGACGACGGCAGUCACGGCGACGACGACGACAGCAACGACGACGGCGACGGCGUCGAAUCCUUUCGUCGAGGUCGAGUCGGAACUGGCGAAGAUGUUUGCCGGAAUCGUGGAGGCGGAUCCGGAGGUGAAAAAUGAGGAAUCAAAAGUGGAACUCGCAGACGCGCCGAUCCAAGGUGACAGCGCUGCCGUGAAGUUCGAAGGUCUCGAGAAUAGUAUUUUACCGAUGACAGAUUCACAGAGCGUUCAGAGUAAUCCCAUCGACGUUUCUUCCACGGUGGACACGAAAGUGCCGGGGAAAAGGGGUAAGAAGGGUAGGAUGCAGGGUGGCAAGAGAAAAAUCUCCAGAUCGACGGAGAACAUUUUCGGCACGACGGAUGAGUCUCCGCCGAAGGAGGUGAAGAAGAGACGGACGUCCAAAGGCUCGAAGAAGCAGGACCAAGCCUCGAAGAGAGCGAAGAAAAACACCAAGAUCGACGGCCUCCGGGAGAUGGCGUACGAUUCAGGCUCGAACGCGAGUUCGAUCAGGUCGCGAGGGCCAGUGGUGCACGUGGAGGGGCCAAGGGACAGUCCGUUGAGCAUCCAAGUGGUCAACGCGCCACGAGAAGAGGAGGAGGAGAAGAGCAAGGAGAAGAGGAAAAGCGUCGGCAAUGGGAACGGAGGUCGAAGCAAGAGGCUCAGCCAUCAAAACGAUUUAGAUUACAGGGGUAAAGUCAGUAGAGCAGGUCUCUUCAGUUCAACGUUGUCCUCGCGAUACGACGCGCAUACCACGGACUCGACCUGGGUCUGCGUAUUUUGCAAGCAAGGUCCCCAUUCUGUUAUACCUGGGGAUCCGUCCAGGCCACAUCCGAAUUUGGCUGGACCGCAUAUUGCGGCUGGAACUUACACGGUUCCAGCUGGCGUGUUGAGUGACUUAUUUGGACCAUAUCUGAUCGGCAAAGAGCGAUUGGAGGAUGGCAUUCUGUCGGCUGACGAACAAGAAAUCACGACGGAGCAGAAGAAGGGCGGCAAGAACAAGAGGAGCUUGAGGUACGCGGGUCUGGCCGACCAGUUCUCCGCGAAAAUGGGCAAGAAGAAGCGGAAUUCCGUUGAAAGUAACACAAAUGCCAUUUUUACGGGUAUGACUCUGCAUCCCGGCGGAGAGGAACAACGGUGGGAGGUGUGGCUUCAUGAACAAUGCGCGGUAUGGGCGGCCGGGGUGUACAUGGCGGGUGGCAGAGUGACGGGGCUGCAAGAGGCCGUGUGGGACGCCGCUAAAUCGGUAUGCGACUCCUGCGGCCUGACAGGAGCGAAUAUCGGUUGCGUGAAACGCGGCUGCAAAGCUGUCUCGCAUUAUCCGUGCGCGCUGACGAAAGGCUGGCACCUCGACACAAAUCAGUACAUACCUAAGUGUAAUCUUCAUCGAGUUACGUGAAACUCCGAUCGACUUUCUUAAUUGACGAUGAAUUGGGCUUGUGCGACCAUAAGAUGUUUUGAGAUUACUCCUUGCGUUAUUUGACACGUGAAAUAUAGGCUGGACCGUGAAGGUAUAAAUGUGAAAACAAUUACAACUAAUUUUCCAGAGGUCAAAUUUAGGGAAUCAAUAUGCUCGUGAAAAAUAUCUUCCAAUGUACAAGAUGUUUAAACGGAAACCCUGUCAACUGUGUUUUUGAGAAUUAUGAGAAAAAAGGGAAAGGGUAAAUGACGAACGAAAGUCGAAGAAAUAGAUACUCUCUCCUUUAUGACAUUUGAAUUCAAUUUGAUUUUUCUUGGCCUGUGUGGCCUUGAAUAGUGGCCUUUUCGACUUAAUAUAAAAGCAAAAUAUAAAACAAGAUUAUCUUAAUUUCGAAUUUAUAGAGAAUAAACCACGAUAUCGUUAUUGAGGAACAAUGAUAAUCAAAAAUAAGAAUGAUUUGCUUUUUUAAUCACGUUUACGGAGAUUUAAAGAUAUUUACAGAUUUUUCUUAACAACAUCAUGUACGCAAGGAAUAUGCAGAUAGGGCAUAUUGUAUUUAAUGCUAUCGAAUUCGAAAUUUGUAAAAUUAUAGCAGCAAAAAGCGGACACACAUAUAAGUAUAUCGUAAGACGAAUAAGUCAGUACUAUGGGCGAAAAUUGAAUAUUCUCUUUUCUUUUUCGUGUGGGUGGGCAUGUAAGGCAAGUGUUCUCUGACGGUUGUAAAAAAGGAACUUGUGUAUAUGUAAGCAAAAAUAAAGGGAUUAUUCUAUUAUUGAAAACCAUCAUAAUUACAUUCUGAAGUUUCAGAAAACUUUGUAUGUAUUAUUUCGGAAAAUAAUACAUACAUACGUUUCUUGACAAAGUAUAAUUAAUUAUAAUCAAUGAGUUUUUAAUUUCUCUUUGUUCGUGUCGCUGUUUGGAGUCAUUAGCUCAUACGUAUAGUUCAGCAUACGCAAUCAUCACAUAAAAAGUCAUAUACAUUUUUGUUACAUUUUGAUAUUGAUAUUUUUUUAGCCGCUCUAUUAUGCGAAUUUUUAUUUGAUUUUGCGUGAUGUAACGAGUUGACGUUUCUUUUAAAGAGAAAUAUUUUUGUACUCGCAUCGUGCGCGAGAUGAUUAAAAUGAGAGAACACUUGUAAGACUAUUAGUACCGCUGUGUCUAAUACAAUGUAACAAAGAACA